AUGCGAGCGGUACUGCCGGGCAGACCCCCAGCCAAGCUUCAGUCGUUCACCACCACGUUCUGGGAUGAUCUCCGCGUUGUUGCAUACAUCUCCGGCCACGCGCUGGUCAUCCUCGGCGGUCCGCAGACACUCCUCCAAACGAUCUACGUCGACGAUACCGAUGUUCUUGAAGCCAUAGCGAUCGACGAGACUUCGGGGAGAAUCGCCGUUUGUGGUGGCUCUGAUGUGUUCGUUUAUCAGCCAUACGGCAUCCAGGGUGAAACACUGAAGUGGUCUCUUCUUUAUACAUUCCGCGCCCCCGAUGACGAUGAACCGAUCUAUACACUUUCGUGGGGUUCCCCGAACGAGCUUCUGGUGGGCAACUCCCGCCUCGCCCUGUGGUUUAUGAAUGAUGAACCACGUCUAGUUUGGAAACGGAAGCUUGCGACACCGGUGAAAUUCGCGCAACUCUCGCCCGAUUCAUCUUUGAUUGUUACAGUAGGACGAUAUGAUCGCUUGGCGAAGGUGUGGAGACGACUUGCCUUUGGCGCAGAUGAGGUCCGAUUCGAGGUCUCAUAUCUAUCUCAUCCGAAUGUCGUAACCGGGAUACACUGGCGUUUACCUCGGCACCCCGAGCAAUCUAUGGACAAUGUUCUAUAUACAUUUUGCGCCGACAACAAGAUUCGCGUAUGGGCCGUUACGGAUCACCAUGCGCUUUCUGCAUUACAGUUAUGGACAGAAAUUGACAUGGGAGAGUCGGUCCAGCCUAGAGAUGCAUCGGAUGAGCACCAAGACCCGCAACGGCGAUAUGGCUUUAUCUUGGAUGGCCGCGAUUUCUGCGUCGCAACUGAACGUGCUAUUCAGCGAACAACUGGGAAUAAAGAAAAUCAUGCAUUGGAACAUAUCAUCGAGGUUGCGAGCAAAGCACCGGAGAUCUGCGUUGUCACUGAUGGCCAGGGGCAUAUGUCUGCGUGGGCAUUGGAAGAUAUCGGCUCCAAAGCGAAGACCAAAUUGAGUGUAUUCAACAUCUUGCAUGUCGAGGGCUUGGGGUUCGGAUUUGCGUUUGAUCGCUCACCACUGGAGGACUAUGCUCAAAUCCGUGCGUUCCAGAGUACUCCAUCUGAUGACAAGUUGAGCAUCUUAGUACAUCAUUUUGACGGUCGGAUCGAAUGGUAUGACUCGCAAGUGGAUGUUCUGUUUGAUCCUGCACCUCGUACGAAACGAAUCAGCCAAACUGCCUCUUGGUCUGGCCACACUGCUCCUGUGAAGAAGAUUGUUCGCAAUGCGACUGGUGAUACAUUGGUGUCGCGUACCAAUGAAAAUAAAGCUACGGUAUGGAGACAGCGGCGCCAGGAUGGCGGGUCAAUUUUAGCAUACAAGAGCGUUCUAUUUUCCGAUGAACAUAUCCACCGGACGUGUGUGAUUGAGAAUGCCAAUCUCCUCGUCAAUCUCCAUCACAAUGGGAUUUCGCUUUGGGAUUUCAGUGCGAAUCAUUCCAAGAAAGUGGCUUCUUUACCUUUUACUGUGCCUACAAAACCACUAUGUGUGCUGCCAAUUCCAAGUAUUGAAACGAAAACAGGUGUUGCCUACAUAGCAACAAUAUGGGCAGACAUGCAUGGCAUCGUAUGGGAAGUACGGUCGCCUAGUCUUGACGACCGGAAAGCAAAGUCUGGAAAUGUCCAAAACCAUACUUUACGAGAAUUUUGCACAUUUGACAUGGGCCUGAAAGAAGAUAUCGCAUACAUUCUGCCAGUGGACCCUGCUGGUCCCAAAACCGAAAGUUCCAGGUUUUUUGACUCCUUUUCUACCGAUAUUGCUCUCUCCUAUACCCACAGUGGAGUCGUGCGGACAUGGACAGCAAAGGUUGAUCCAACCAACGAGAAGAUUAACUGGCUCCUCCAAUCUACCGUUGAUACAGGCAUCACUAAUCCAAGUUUGGCUAGCGGUAGCUCUAUUCGCAAGGCAGCUCUAGUUGACGAGGACCGGACUCAUCUCACGAUCUGGGACACUAAUAAUGCCCAGCUGGAGUUUGAGGAACAUUUUGCUUCACAUGAUAGCAUUCGGGAUCUCGACUGGACGUCAACACCUGACAAGCAGUCGAUCUUAGCUGUAGGAUUUCCACAUAAGGUUGUUCUUCUGUCGCAGCUUCGCUAUGACUACCUAGAUUCCAGGCCCUCAUGGACUCAAGUUCGGGAGAUUUGGAUCCGCGAUCUCACGCCUCAUCCCAUAGGCGAUUCCUGUUGGCUGAACAAUGGAAAUUUGGUCAUCGGAGCUGGAAACCAGUUGUUUGUUUACGAUAAGAACAUCGAUGUCGGCGACCGUUUGGUAUCUGAACUUCGAAUGCCCUCUCGAGGGCUUGCGUCUGUGGAUCUCUUCGAUGUUGUCAGUCGACUCAACGGUCCAUUGCCUGUUUUCCAUCCACAAUAUUUGGCACAGUGUAUUUUGGCCGGAAAGACUAGCUUGGUACACUCAAUAUUGCUGAAUUUGCAUCGGAAGCUGAAGUUCUACACCGAGGGUGAUGAAUUGGAUGGCUUCCUUGAAAUGCCCGUUGAUUGCUUUUACGAGGAAGAUGGUGCCCAACAAGCGGUGUCCAAAGAAAUGCGCUCUUCCUAUCUUGAUUCCACCGAAGAAGAAUUCUCAUCUGUCAUCGAUGAGAAGGCCGCAGCUGCACUCAAUGAGUGUCUAGCACGCAUCGCUCUGCCUCAGUUGUCAAGCCAUGAACAAUUCCGCCUGGCCGAUACCAUUGAAUGUGUUGCCAUGGUCGAGAAGCACCGGCGCUCAAUGGAUGAUAAUGCGGCACGCUAUCUCCUGUUUUUCCGACAACACAUGCUACGAAGAAGUCAAGGAGUAGCAAAUAAAGACACUGUCUCGUGGCGAGAGAUUGUAUGGGCUUUCUACAGUAGUAGCCAAGAUAUCCUAACAGAUCUUGUAUCUCGGCAAUUCAAUGGAAAAUUAACAUGGAAGGCAGCUAGGGAAAGUGGUCUGUUUAUGUGGCUAUCCGACCCCAUCGCCGUGAGAACCCAACUUGAAAUCCUUGCUCGGUCCGAAUAUACCAAGACGGAGGAGAGGAACCCCAUUGACUGCACUCUCUAUUACCUCGCCCUUGGGAAGAAGAAUGUUCUCCAAGGGCUAUGGCGUAUCGCACACUGGAACCGUGAACAAGGAGCUACUCAGCGUCUACUCGCAAAUGACUUCAAAGAACCACGGUGGAAGACGGCUGCGCUCAAGAAUGCUUAUGCAUUGCUCGGAAGGCGACGAUUUGAAUAUGCUGCAUCUUUCUUUCUUCUUGCGGACCACCUGCGAGACGCUGCAAACGUCAUCAUUAACCAAAUGGGUGAUAUUCAGCUCGCGAUCGCGAUCACUCGAGCCUAUGAAGGAGACAACGGACCGGUUCUUCGAGAGAUUCUAGAAGAGAAACUCCUGCCUGAGGCCGCUUCCGGAGGAAAUCGCUGGAUGGCUUCUUGGGCUUUCUGGAUGCUUGGACGGCGAGAUAUGGCAGUGCGGGCACUGAUCUCACCUGUCGAGACCCUCCUAUCAACGGCGACUCCCGCCACUCCUGGAAGCCCAGGUUGUGUGACCCUCCAAUCAAAAUCAUAUCUUUCCAAUGAUCCUGCCUUGGUGGUUCUAUACCAUCAACUCCGCGAGAAGACGCUCCAAACUCUUAAAGGUGCUUCCAAAGUGCGUCCAAGAGAAGAGUGGGAAUUCGUUCUUCGCAAUGCCAGACUCUACGACCGUAUGGGCUGCGAUCUCCUCGCUCUAGAUUUGGUUCGACAUUGGGAGUUCCUUGGCGGACUACCCACCCAGGAUUCCAUGAAGCCCAACACAUCUCUUGAGAUGAAUGAGAAUGGCGUCGAUUAUCGGAAAUUGCUUCGUCGGCGGAGCAGCCUUGUUGUUGCUGAUAUGCCCGUGCGAUUGGCAGAUACAGUACAUAAACCUGUGACCACCGAGAUAACUACGGACCAUGCGAAGAAAGAAGAAAAGUCGAAGCCCAAACCGCCUCCUACAAUGUUCCAUGAGCCAGAUGCCAAUUCGUUGCUGGACAGCUUUGGGUUCUAG